CCUUCCGGCCGGCCCGAACAUGCUGGACGGUCUGAAGAUGGAGGAGAACUUCCAGAGCGCGAUCGAGACCUCGGCCCCCUUCUCCUCGCUGCUGGGCAGAGCGGUGAGUCCCAAGUCUGUCUGCGAGGGGUGUCAGCGGGUCAUCUUGGACAGGUUUCUGCUGCGGCUCAACGACAGCUUCUGGCACGAGCAGUGCGUGCAAUGCACCUCCUGCAAGGAGCCCCUGGAGACCACCUGCUUCUACCGGGACAAGAAGCUCUACUGCAAGUAUGACUACGAGAAGCUUUUUGCUGUCAAAUGUGGCGGCUGCUUUGAGGCCAUCGCACCCAAUGAGUUUGUCAUGCGGGCCCAGAAGAGUGUCUACCACCUGAGCUGCUUCUGCUGCUGUGUCUGCGAGCGACAGCUUCAGAAGGGCGAUGAGUUUGUCCUGAAGGAGGGGCAGUUGCUCUGCAAAGGGGACUACGAGAAGGAGCGGGAGCUGCUCAGCCUGGUGAGCCCAGCGGCCUCAGACUCUGGUAAAAGUGAUGAUGAAGAAAGUCUUUGCAAGUCAGCCCAUGGGGCAGGGAAAGGAGCUGCUGAGGAAGGCAAGGACCAUAAGCGCCCCAAACGCCCCAGAACCAUCUUGACAACCCAGCAGAGGAGAGCAUUCAAGGCCUCAUUUGAAGUAUCCUCCAAGCCCUGCAGGAAGGUGAGGGAGACUCUAGCUGCAGAGACAGGGCUGAGCGUCCGUGUUGUCCAGGUGUGGUUCCAGAACCAGAGAGCUAAGAUGAAGAAGUUGGCCAGGCGGCAGCAGCAGCAGCAGCAAGAUCAGCAGAAUACCCAGAGGCUGAGUUCUGCUCAGACAAAUGGUGGUGGGAGCGCUGGAAUGGAAGGAAUCAUGAAUCCCUACACAACUCUGCCUACCCCCCAGCAGCUCCUGGCUAUCGAGCAGAGUGUCUACAGCUCUGAUCCCUUCCGACAGGGUCUCACCCCACCUCAGAUGCCUGGAGACCACAUGCACCCCUAUGGUGCUGAGCCCCUCUUCCAUGACUUGGAUAGCGACGACACCUCCCUCAGUAACCUGGGCGACUGUUUCCUAGCAACCUCAGAAGCCGGGCCCCUGCAGUCCAGAGUGGGAAACCCCAUUGAUCACCUGUAUUCCAUGCAGAAUUCUUACUUCACCUCUUGAGUCUUCCCCAGAGUUCUGUGGCUAGGCUCCCAUAUGCAACAACCUUAUUAUGUGAGGGGUCACUGGCUUUAGGACGGGGAGGCCAGGGAAGAGGUGGGUUGGGGUGGGAGUUUUGUUGGGGAUGCUGUUGUAUAAUGAUAUGGUGUAGCUCAGCAUUUCCAAAGACUGAAUACAUUAUGGAUUGCAUAGUUUAAUGUUUCUAAUAAGAGUCUUAGCGUUAGAUAUGAAGAUGUGUUUAUCAUUAAGGACAGGGACUUUUAAUAUAGACAUUCUCAUGCAAACUAGAUGCCUAGAGACUCCUAACAACUUCCCACCGUUUUGGGGAAGCUCUUGUCAAGAGGUGCAUAUGUCUAUCCACCCAUACACCCAUAGACAGAAGGACAGAUAGAUAGAUGUGUGUGUGUGAGUGUGUAACCUUUCAUACUUUAUCAUCAAAGUUUAUUCCUAAUUAUAACAGACACCAACUGUACAGCAAAAGUAACUUUAUUUUCAGUGUGAACUAUAUUUAAGGAAAUGCUUGAUGCACUUAAGUUAUAAAAUGAGAUAAUUUACUUUUAUAAACUUUAUUUUUAGUUUGAAGAGACUUGUCGGCAGGGCAGAGAGGGCUGCUCCACCUAGCCCAGAGCUUUGAGUACUUGAGUUCAUUCUGUUUUCAGAGUGUUUACUGAGGUCUGGAAAGCAAUUCUGUGUGGCUGACAGUGUUCUCUCUUGGAUUUGUGCUCUCUUUGGGGUUGAAUCACUGGGCUCGGGUGGGACAGAGCAGUCCCUGGUCAUGUUCUUAGCAACUGUCAAGCUCAUACUCUUGGGCUUUCUUUUCAAUUCUAACGUGUGGUUGUUGGGCGGCACUAGGACCCUUAGUUCUGCUCUUGAGCAUUGGCAUCUGCGGGUGUGGGUGAGGCUAAUCAUAUGUACCUACCUCACAGGGAAACACCAAGGCUUAACUUACCCCCAGGACACAUGAGUGGGGCUGAGGCUAAUAUCUGAUAUUAGUUUAAAAUACAACCAGACCACUCACUUGGCAAAAGAGGCUGCCCAGGGCUGUGGCAGAAGGACUCCUGCACUCGGAGCCCCCGAGGGCAACUCUGCCUGCAGAGCUCCCUCUGCAAAGUCUGGGCUGUGGAGAUGCCAGCUCAGGGAAGCACAGAGGGAUGCCGGAGCUCUUGAAUGGGGAGGAGUUAAGGCAGAGGGGGUGGCAGGGGAGCAUGACAGUGUUCUAGAGCAGGGGUGGGCAGACCACCGUCUGCAGUCCUGUUUUUUAUAGCUUGCCAGCAAAGAAUGGUUUUCACGUUUUUAAAAAGGAGAAAAAGACUAUAUGACAGGAUGUGCGUGGUUCAGAAAGCCUGACAUAUGUGCUAUCUCUAUUGUCUGGCUCUUUACAGAAAAGGCUGGGGACCCCCUGUUUCAGAGGGUCCAUUUCUAAAGAGCCUAGCAGAACUCAUAGAGGCAGGGGGUCCAGGUGGAGACCCAGGGCUCUUCCUCCUGGCUUACUUUUCCAACCCUCAGCACAGAAGACCCAGAAGCCAUUGUACACGGGGACAGUUCCACACCCUGGUCUCCAGUUGUGGUGCUAGGAUGGGAUCUUUCUGUGCCAAGAGGUUUCCUGGAAAGCCAGAACAAGCUGUUAGGGAAGACAGAUGGUGAGCUUGGACUCAUCUGAGAGGGAUCGUGACAGACUUGGUCUUAUUCCUGGGGACGUCAUUCAAGACUUGAUCACAGGACACGUUCCCAUCACUCUCUGCAAGGCCAGAAGGAACACGUCCCCUUAUGGUAGAGUCUAUGUUGUGUGAUUUUUGUGCUCUUGUUUAUAAUUUAUAUGAACCAUCAAGAAACCCAAUCCAGUCAGUGAGUGAAAAUUAUGCAGAUGCUGUAUUACCCCCACAGGUUUCUGUGGUAAAGACUCGCUGGAGAAAUGUAGCAGAUACUAUGUGAGUGAAAACGAAUAGAGAUUCUUAUUCCACUCCUUAAUGGCGUACCAAGAUGAAAUUAAAAACCUCUUACAAAUGA